AUGAAGCUCGCAGCGGUUCUCAUCAAUUUUUCUGUGGCCAGCUUUGCUGCUCAAGCCUUAGCGGUCCAGUAUGAGCAGUACAUACUAGCUCCCUCAUCUCGUACACUCCAUCCGAUCUCCGUAUACAACGUCGACGGCAGCGUUGUAGGCGCCGAGAGUCUUGUUGGCGAUGAUCUUGGAUCUGCUACUUUCCAGGGAAUUUCGGCCGUCACGUUCGACUACGGCAAGGAGAUAGGAGGCGUUGUCUCCUUGACGAUUGGUGAGGUAGACGACGAUCAGUAUAUCGGAAUCACCUUUGCUGAAAGUUCUCUCUGGAUAUCCGGCAUUGGUAGCGAUGGCGGCUCGUUCAGUCAGUUCGACUCGCCAUUAUGGUUCCGACCCUCGGGGCCGGGUGUUUAUACCGUGCCUCGAGAAUAUGAAAGAGGAGGGUUUAGGUACCUCAGUUUGAUUAAGAACUCAACAGAGACACUUGAGGUCACGCAAGUCACGACCCAUUUCACGCCUAUGCCACAUUACUCGGAAGACGCGUUGAGAAAUUACACUGGAUUUUUCCAUUCCGAUGAUGAGCUUGUAAACCGGAUCUGGUAUGCUGGCGCAUACACCAAUCAGCUCUGCACUAUCAGCCCUGUGUAUGGCAAUUCGUUGCCUUGGCUACUUAUAGGCAAUUCCGACGAGAUUUCUGCGUACUGGUUCAGCAACACGACUAUUUCAAACGGCACUAGCGUACUCGUCGAUGGCGCGAGGCGCGACCGUCUUGUCUGGGCUGGAGAUAUGGCCAUUGCCGUACCUGGCAUCGUUGUGUCGACUAACGAUUUGAUCUCUGUCCGGAAUUCGCUCGACUCGCUCUUCGCGCUUCAGAAUGGGACUACUGGCCAGCUCCCGUACGCUGGUGUUGGGUUUUUCCCUGAUUCUUAUUCAGAGACAUACCACUUGUACACCUUGAUUGGCGUAGCCAAUUAUUAUUUGUAUGCGAACGACAUCGAGUACCUUUCCAAUAUCUGGAGUCAAUGGAAAACAGCAAUGGACUACUCUAUUAGUCAAAUCGACGAUUCCGGCCUUAUGAAUGUCACUCUAUCGGCAGAUUGGCUUCGCUUUGGUAUGGGCGCGCACAACAUCGAGGCUAACAGCAUCCUCUAUCACACUCUCCAGCAAGGUCUUAUCCUCUCACGCGCGCUGAAUGACAGCGGUGUCACUGAACUCUACACCGAAGUGGCAGAAACUUUAAAGAGCAGCGCUAAUGCCCUUCUCUGGAAUGAGACUGCGGGUUUCUAUAACGACAACGAGACGUCAAGUUUACACCCUCAGGAUGGCAAUUCCUGGGCUGUAGUCGCCAACCUGACCGAUUCCCCAGAGAAAGUUGCCCGAAUCUCGGCCAACCUACAAAGACGCUGGGGUCCUUACGGCGCUCCUGCUCCUGAAGCCGGCACCGCCGUUUCACCUUUUAUCAGUGGCUUCGAAUUACAAACGCACUUUGCCGCUGGGAACGCUACGCGUGCACUUGAGCUUAUGCGGCUUCAAUGGGGUUACAUGCUCGAUGGCCCGUAUAUGACCAACUCAAGUUUCAUUGAAGGAUACGAGUUUUCUGGCGCCCUACAUUACGCCCCUUACCCGAAUGAUGUCCGCAUCAGCCACGCUCACGGCUGGUCCACUGGUCCUACCUCGACGCUAACGUUCAAUGUUGCCGGAAUCGUGCUUGAGGGCCCGGGAGGGGCAACUUGGCAAAUCAAGCCUCAGCUCGGGGACUUACAAUCGGUGCAUGCAGGGUUUUCGACAGGGCUAGGGCUCUUCGAGAAUCGAUACGAGAAACAGGACAAUGGAACCUUCAAAAUGGUGUUCGAAACCCCCAAGAGUACGAAAGGCAGACUGAGCAUUGAGCAUUCAGAGUGCGCUGGGACUAUGGUCCUAAGAGAUUUGGGUGGAGCUUGUGAUGACACUGUUGUAGAUGUUGAUAGCAAUCCAGGCGGAAGGGUUGAGUUCGCAAAUGUUGUUGGAGGGCGAUGGGAGAUUGAUUUCAAGUGUAGUAGCUAA